AUGACCUACGAUAAACAAAACAAUGGCAGUCUCGCCAAACCGUUUACACCCACCCUCAGCGCUGCAUUCCAUAGGAGUAACAAGGCUCCCCUGACACCAAAACUUGCAAGUCCAAGUCAAGGUCCAGGAUUUCCACGCCGUCUCGCACAACCCGACCACCCCUAUUCCACCCCCUCCAAAGACGACUCCCCCGCGGCCCCGACCUUUCUAAGCGCCAAUGUCACUCCACGAUCUGGUCCUCGAACCACCCGACGAGAUGGCGCUAUUAACUCCCCAACAAAUACAUCAUCUGUCCCCUCUCCAUCUCCACACACACCUUACUCUCAGUCGACUAUCGGUUAUGGCCGUCGAGACCGUAGCCCGGCUCGCGGGGUCAAGCCGGAACAAUCCCGAAGUCUGAGGGCGAAGACCCUGGCGGUAGAGAACCAGCCCAUAUCACGUCCAAAUUCUUUCUCGGAUGUGACCACGGGGGCUCCGCUGUUCUUUCAUGCAUCCGAUGCACGAUCAUCGCAUCCCUGUGAGCUGCCAGAUGCCCCUCGCCCGAGGCCCCAAGGGAAGACAUCCCCAGCCUCAAGCUUCAUAUAUGCGAACGGAGAUGAAGAACGAAAAUCACUAGCGGAGCAGUCGAAUGUUACAUCCACUUCUGCCAAACGUCGAUCGGGUGGUCUUCCCCGCCCCCUACCUGCCAGUAAACCAGCAUCUUCUUCCUCGCGGUUGAGUUCUCCCGGGCUUUCAGAUGCGGUUUCACACCCUCCGGAAGAUCUCAGAUUACCAUACAUUGCCAGCGCUGAUAAUGGAUUGGGAAUCACCCCGCGUUUUGGCUCGCCGUCGUCUAGCACAAUCGGCGAGAAAACACGACCACUACUCCUACCGGUCCGACAUACCAAGUCUUCAAGUGUUGACUCAGGCCGUCAUAGCAAUCAUCCACAAGAUACCCUGCGAGCAAGCCCGGUCAUUGUAUCCGGAAACCAUUCUGGUGAAGGUGCAGCGCCUGUGAUGUCGGAGCAGAUCCCCACCCUUCGCCCUCGCAUCUUCAGCAAUGGAUCAACAGUCUCAACUGAUACAUACCCUCCUGCACCACUUAGCCCCGGGAAAUCCGAGGGCCCGAGCGAGGCAGCUCUUAAUGCGCGCACUGAGCGCAAGAUCAUGGACUUGGAAAUUAGCAACUCUUCACUGCUAGCCAUCAAUCGUACCCUGGAGCGCGAAAUGCGGCAACAAAAGGCAGAACUGCGGCGGUUCAGACGACUGAGCCGCUCGGGGCGGAUCUCAAUGGCACCUUCCACCCGUUCAUUCUCCGGGGCGGCACUAUCAGUGACCAGUGAGAUAGAUGAGGGCGAAAGCGAGAUUUCCAACCGGUCACCAGACGAUAUGUCCGAUAUCAGCGACGAGGACUCAACUGCAGACGAAAGUAUCAUGAGUCCGGGCUCGCUGGCCGAGCAUGAUGCCAAGCACCGUAUCAAUGACGAGAAACGCGUCAUGCUUGACUUGGCGCGACACCAGGAGGUCCUUGUGGACAGCCAGAGGAUGAACCAAAGCCUCAAGCGCUGUUUAGGAUGGACCGAAGAACUCAUCAAGGAGGGACAGCGGGCCCUUGAGUACAAUGUGCACAUUCAAGACAUUGAGCUGGGUGGUCGAGUCCUAGCACCUGAAGAGUUGGGGGAAAUCGGUGAGAGUGGCCGUGGUCUUUUGAGCCCUUCAACCGAAUAUACCGCCAUCCUUUCUCCUGUGUUAUCCUCCGAGGUGUCAUUUGUUGAAUCGCCAUCUGUUGGAACAAUAUCUUCUACGCCAUCUAUUUCUGCUGAUCCAAGUACAUGA